AUCGGCCAGGCUUGUACGUGCGUACUUGAAUAUAUUUAAAUUUGGAGAUGCGGUCGGGAUGAGGCAAGCGCAAGACACGAACAACUAUAAAUGGCGUUAGUAUCUACUGGGGUGUACAGUCCGCUACUCCAAGCACCCCUGAACACAUCUGAAUAAAUAAAAAAUGGCUUUCAAGUUGGUGGUCUUCUCGUGCCUUCUCGCUGUGGCCUAUGGCAGCGUGGCGCCAGCAGCUAUCGCCGCCGCACCGGUUGCCUACACUGCUCCGGCUGUGGCUGCCAGGCUUGAGGAGUUCGAUCCUUUACCUCAGUAUCGGUUUGGCUACAAUGUGGCUGAUUCACUCACUGGAGACUACAAGAGCCAAGAAGAGCAGCGCAAUGGUGACAUAGUGCAGGGUUCUUAUUCCGUCGUCGAUCCCGAUGGUACUCGUCGUGUCGUGGACUAUGCCGCCGACCCCGUUAACGGAUUUAACGCUGUAGUGCGCAAAGAACCAUUGGUGGCUGCUGCCCCAGCUGUAGUCGCCGAGCCAGCCGUAGUGCCAGCUCGCAUCGCUGCCGCUCCCGUCGCAGCCGCAGUGGCCCAACCUGCUGUCGUGCCAGCUCGUUAUGCCGUUCCAAGUGCAGUCGUUGCACCCGCGAAAAUAGCUGCUGCUCCUGUAAUUGCGCGAUAUGCCGCCGCCCCCGUCGCCGCCGCUCCCGUUGCUGCUGCACCUGCACCAGUGUUUGCCCGAUAUGCGUCUGCACCCUUAGUGCCGGCACGUUAUGCGGCUGCACCAGUCGUAGCCGCGCGCUACGCCGCCCCGGUAGCGGCUGCGUAUAGAGCUCCGAUUGCGGCGUAUACAGCACCCGCUGCGUACACGACUUACGCAGCUGCGGCCCCAGUCGCAGCGGCGUAUGCGGCGCCUGUUGCUGCGGCAUACACUGCGCCCGUGGCCGCAGCAUACGCAGCGCCCGUAGCUGCAGCGUACACAGCGCCAGUGGCUGCAGCUUAUGCUGCUCCAGCGCGAGUAGCCGCCGCCCCAACAGCUGUGCCGGCGGCAGUCCGUGCUGCGCCUGCGCCUGCCAAGAUUGUUGAACCUGUUGCCGCUGGCUACCGUUACCCUUAAAAGAAGACUCACUUAAUUUGAUGGCUCAUUUAUUAAGACUUGAUAUUUUGUAUAUAGUUAUAUUUUUAUAGAGUUAAAUAAAAACGAAAAUGCUUUAAU